AUGAACGGCCACGCAGCUGGCAGGAAGCUCUCGCAGCUUCCAGACGAGAUGUUCACGCUCAUCAAAUCCAGCAGCCAAACUCUCGGGCCUCGCUUGGGAAAACUUGCUCUGACUGGAAGGAGAGUGCUUGACACACCUCACUAUCUCGGCAACACGUCCCGCGGAGUUGUGCCACACAUCACGCAGGAUACCUUUAGACGAGAUACGGACAUCAGUGGGGUCUACAUCGGUCUUGAAGAUUGUAAGUUCAACAUGUACGUGCCAAUGCCUCUGGGCUGACGAAGACCGCUCACAGAGAGAGUACGUAGUCAUUGAGCGAAAUCCACCGCCUCUUUACAAAUUCCAACCGCCCGAUGGCGCCUCACCGCUGAGACGAUUUGUUGCGUUGCCUGAUGACACAGUAAUUGUGGUAGGAGCAAGGAGAACACCGCCGGUCGCUGCGCCAGCUGCAAACCCCAACACCAGCACUACAAUUUCCGUAGGCACCUCGGUUGGUUUCAAAUUGCUGCAGGCGGAAGACUACGCCAAUACCGUGGAAGGCUUGAAAGCGGAUGUCGUAGUUGGCCUGGGCGACAUUCCAUACGGACGAGCACUGGGCAGCAAAAGGAUAGAGAAGGCUGUGGAUCGGAACAUACAAUGGCUGCAAGAUCAUGUUGCUGUUCGAGAAAUCGGGAAAGAUGGACCUCAGGCCAAACUCUUCGCUUCGCUUCUGCCAGUGUCCUGUGCAAAGCAGCAGUUCUACAUCGACUGCCUGACUGAUGAGCUUGCUCAUGGCGUAGCCGGCCUGGCAAUCUACGACGCUGAUUCUCUUGAGGACUUACCAAACUCUCUGAGUAGCUUGCCGCGUCUCAGCUUUUUGGAUCCUAAGUGCCCCAUGGACGUUCUCCGCCACGUGUCUUCUGGCAUUGACAUCUUCACUGUGCCGUUUAUUGGAGCUGCGACCGAUGCCGGCAUUGCGCUGGAUUUUCAGUUUCCUGCUGCAGUCGAGACUGCGUCGGACAGUCCAAUACCUCUACCACUAGGCCUGGACAUGUGGUCGCCGACACAUGCGGUCGAUCUAUCUCCGCUCAGCAAAGACUGCUUCUGCUACGCAUGCUCAGGUCACCAUCGAGCAUACAUCCAACAUCUACUCGCAGCGAAGGAAAUGCUAGGAUGGGUCCUUCUGCAGAUCCACAACCAUCACAUUAUGGACCGCUUCUUCAAUGGCAUUCGGUCUAGCAUAUCCAAUGCAACUUUCGAGCAAGAUAUGGCUCAUUUCGAGAAGUUCUAUGAACGCCAGAUGCCGGAGAAGACCGGUCAAGGACCAAGGUCAGUCCCUGAAACUCGUCCAGUCCAUGCUGCUUUUUACUAAUAGGUUGUCCAGAGUGCGAGGUUACCAGUUCAAAUCUGAGGGUCCCGGUCCCGAUAGGAGGGGUGAAGCUAAGAAGAACAAGUCCGCUUUUCACACGCUUAACGACAGUGCAGAAAAGUUGGCCGAAGCGACACCUCCGAACGCUAAGGCUGACGCAGAUGUUCUCCAGGCUUAA